AUGGGAAAUCAACCAUCUGGACUUGGCCCUGGAGGCCCACCGGGAGGUCCUGGUAAGGACGGCAAGGGAGACAAGCCUAAAGAUCAACAGAAGAAAUGGGAGCCUCCACUACCUACACGAGUUGGAAAGAAGAAGAAGCGUGGCCCAGAUGCCUCGAGCAAACUGCCGGCUGUCGUCCCCACUAUGCGCUGUCGGCUGAAGCUCCUAAAGCUAGAGCGAAUCAAGGACUACCUGCUUUUGGAGGAAGAAUUUGUCCAGAAUCAAGAACGGUUGAAACCUGAAGCAUCCGAGGACAAGAAUGAGGAAGAACGUACUCGGGUCGAUGACUUGCGUGGUAGUCCAAUGAGCGUUGGGACCCUGGAAGAGAUUAUCGAUGAUGACCAUGCUAUUGUUAGCACUGCAACUGGUCCCGAGAACUAUGUUAGCAUUAUGAGCUUCGUCGACAAGGACUUGCUGGAGCCUGGUUGCUCGGUCUUGCUACACCACAAGAAUAGCUCAAUCAUUGGGGUACUGCAAGACGACGCGGAUCCUAUGGUCAGCGUCAUGAAACUCGACAAGGCACCGACAGAGAGUUAUGCAGAUGUUGGUGGACUCGAUACACAAAUACAGGAAAUCAAAGAAUCCGUUGAGUUACCGUUAACUCAUCCAGAAUUAUACGAAGAGAUGGGUAUCAAACCUCCAAAGGGUGUCAUUUUGUAUGGUGUUCCUGGAACAGGCAAAACUCUUCUGGCCAAGGCUGUAGCUAACCAGACGUCCGCCACUUUCUUGCGCGUUGUCGGUUCCGAGCUCAUCCAGAAGUAUCUCGGAGAUGGGCCCAAGUUGGUCAGGGAGCUAUUCCGUGUCGCAGAAGAACACGCACCUAGUAUUGUUUUCAUUGACGAAAUCGAUGCGAUCGGUACAAAACGUUAUGAUUCAACCUCUGGUGGUGAACGCGAGAUUCAACGUACAAUGUUGGAACUUCUAAACCAACUGGACGGAUUCGAUACAAGAGGAGAUGUUAAAGUCAUCAUGGCCACCAACAAAAUCGAGUCUCUUGAUCCCGCACUGAUCCGUCCGGGUCGUAUUGAUCGCAAGAUUGAGUUCCCUUUGCCGGACGUACGUACCAAACGACACAUCUUCAGGCUUCAUACAAGCCGUAUGAGCCUUUCGGAAGAUGUGGAUCUGGAAGAAUUUGUCAUGACCAAGGACGAUCUGAGUGGUGCUGAUAUCAAGGCUGUAUGCACUGAAGCCGGUUUACUUGCUCUGCGAGAGCGGAGAAUGAGGGUGACAAAAGCAGAUUUUACGACAGCUAGAGAGAAGGUACUGUAUCGUAAGAACGAGGGCGCACCGGAGGGCUUGUACUUGUAA